CAGCUUUAACGAAUAGCAGAGGUCAAAAUCUUUGACUAACAAAUUUAAGAGCACUUAUCGAAAAUUGCGCGGCAAUUCAUAAAUCGAUAUCUGCGAAUCAAGAUUAAUUAUUUGCAUAUACAAAUGCCGCUUGAUAAUGUGGUGUUGAUAAAAACAGACGAUCUGUUUAUACCAGGCUUGGUGCAUCAGGUUUUUAAUAAGUAUAAACGCAAUAAUGGUAUACUUUUAACUAAAGGGGAACGCUCGCAGCUAUUUUCAGAGUUAAGCGCCUUGUUGGGAGACGGUCUUCUGCAGCGCGCAUUACACAUACUUGAUGAGUGGAACUUUAUCACCUACUACACAUCAGACCGCUAUCGCAGUAUAGUGGAAUUGACUAGCAAGCGAAACUUGGCACAUGUUGUGCGCGUUGUACCUGGUGUUAAUUAUUGCAAGUGCCGCUACUUCCAACGUUUUGUGUUGCAAUUGCAAGAAGCAGGAGAGCAGGAUCACCGAAAGGAGAAACUGAGCAGCAAUCAAGUUUCCUUUACGUGUGAGCACAUAUUGGCACAGUGUUUGAAUCAGCUAUUACAUCCAGAACCGCGGACUCAGAUCUUGACACUUGAUCAGUUUAGGUAUUUUCACAUUGAUAUCUAUGAGGAUUGA